AUGGAGGCUAUCAAGGAGAUCGUCCGCGACGCGCCUUUUGGCCAGCUCGUUCGUUACGCGACGCGUAACCGCUUCUUCAAGUAUCCAGAAGAGUUACCUGGGUUCGAAAUCCCAUCUGCGUAUAUCGAAAAGGAUACCAGUGCGUCAGCUUCACAGAGCCAGGCUACCUCCGACAACUCCGCAACUGCCAUUAGACAGCCCAGCCCAGCUCCAGCUGCUACAGAGUCUCCUCAAGUCGACCUCGAAAAACCUCACUCCAGAACCGCAGAAGGAGUGAACGCAUCCGACCGCAACUCAACCUCAACAGCACCCCUCCCGUCGUACACCCUGCCAUUCAGCCCCUCUCGCCUCGAAGCCGACUUAGCCCUCCACACCACCCAAUCGAACAGCCACGCCAUCGCCCCCGUCAAGACAGCCGACGGCCUCAUACUAGCAGAGUGGUACACCACAACCGACACUGCGAACCCGCAGAACUGGUCGCAGGGCAAGAAGACAUGGACGGCGUUCUUGAUCUGUUUGUAUACGUUCAUCGUGUAUGCGGGUAGUUCGAUUUAUGUCAGCAGUACGUUGCUGGUUAUGAGUCAGUUUGGGGUGGGCGCGUUUAAGGCGAGUCUGGGGUUGGCGCUUUAUGUGCUUGUACCCCAACUCGGCAGAAACAUACCGUACAUCACGACUUUCGCGCUUUUCACCAUCCUCACUUUACCUACCGCACUGGUAGACAAUCUCGGCGGCUUCCUGUUCCUUCGCUUUCUACUCGGCUUCUUCGGAAGCCCCUGCCUAGCGAACGGCGGAGCUACGAUGCAGGAUUUGUACUCUCUGCUCCAUAUACCGUACGGCCUAGCUUUCUGGACAGCAGCCGCGUUCGCUGGACCAGCUCUAGGGCCUCUUCUAUCUGGCUUCUCCGUCUAUGCUGAGAAUUGGCGAUGGUCUCAAUGGGAACUCCUCUGGAUGGCCGCCCCAGUAUUCCUUCUCUUUUUCUUCUUUCUCCCAGAAACGCAGCCUACCACCAUUCUUCUCUACCGAUCUGCCCGUCUGCGUGCACUGACUGGCAAUCCGAAUAUCCAUACGCAAACCGAGAUCGAUCGCAAGGGCACCAAGUUCUUCGCAGAACUCCUAGAUACUCUCAUCAAACCUCUGGAGAUCUGCGUCAAAGACCCUGCUCUCUUCUUCAUCAACGUCUACUCCGCGCUGACGUACGGCAUCUACUACUCCUUCUUCGAGGUCUUUCCUUUGGUGUACUUGGAGAUAUAUGGAUUCAGCGUCGGCGAGAUGACCAUUGUGUUUCUGGUCAUCAUCGUGGGGUGCGUUGCUGCUAUGACAAUCUACUUCUCCUAUCUGAGGUUCUACCUCAUACCGGAUAUCCUCAAGAGAGGGCUGAGACCUCAAGAGCAUAGACUCGUGCCGGCGAUUUUCGCGAGCUUUGGGGUACCAAUUGGAUUGUUCAUCUUUGCAUACGUGCCCAUGUCUUACCCGCAAUACGCCGCGUCCCUCUUCGCAGGGAACGACUUCUGUCGCUCUGCCUUCGCUUUCGGAUCCGUACUCUUCUCUCGCCCCAUGUAUCUCAAAUUGGGAAUAGGAAAGGGAAUCAGUCUUUUGGGUGGCCUGAGUGUCAUGGGUAUUGUGAGUUCGAAGAGGAUAAGCCAGUCUGCGAGUGCGCGCUAA